GUAACAUUUCACCGACUUGUUUCUUCCACUGUUACAUACAACGGCAGAGGGAUCUGAGAGACACAAAUAAAGAGCUACUAUUUCUCCAUUGCGAUCCAUAUCAUCAUCACACACCCACAUAACAAAACUUCCCUUUUUCUUUUUUUUCUUCCCGCAAAUCUGAUCGCAUAACCUAAUUCAUCCUUCUUUCCCAACAAAUCUAAAGACUUAACCGAACCAAAACCCACCCCCUUUUGAAAUUCGAGUCCGUGAAUAAAGCUCAAAACUCAACACCCAUCACUCUCAAAACCAUUUCCUUACUUAACACCCGUGAUCUCACCCUCAAUCAUUCUCUCUCAUUCCACAAAAAAACAAAUCAAACCAAAAUUAACUGCCUUUGAUUUGUUUGCUUUGCUUUACCAGUGCCAAUCCAAUUCUGCCCCAUUAAUCACUCAUAAAUAGUGUCUAAUUACUCACUCACCAAUUCUUCUAUAAAUUCAGACCACAACAAUGACAUUCCACAAAUCCACUAAAUCCCAUUCUUCUUUCUCUUCUUUCUCUCUCUACAAAUCUACUUUCUUUCUCAUCUCCAUGGCUUCCCUUCUCUUUCUCUCCAUCAUCUCCCUCUCCCUCUUCUUCUCUCUUUCUCACUCCUCUCACCACCGCGGCCAUUCCCCGCCGGCGCGUGUUCCCCACGUGCCUCCGUCUGCGAACCCCUCCACGGCGUCGUCUGCCGUCAUGCACGUCUGCAAGGCCACGCGCUUCCCGGACGUGUGCGAGGGCUCGCUCGCCCGCGUUUCGCCGGACGCCUCACCGGCGCAGGUGAUCGCGGCGGCGAUCGGCGUCUCGUCGGAGAAUCUCCGGACGGCCCAGUCGAUGGUGAGGGCCAUCCUGGACUCGUCCUCGGGUAAUCCGAACCGCUCCAUCGCCGCGGCCAACUGCGUGGAGGUCCUCCGCAACUCGGAGUACCGCAUUUCGGCGGCGAGUGAGGCGCUGCCACGUGGGAGGAACAAGGACGCCCGGGCGUGGAUGAGCGCCGCCCUGCUCUACCAGUACGACUGCUGGUCGGCCCUCAAGUACGCCAACGACACGCAGUUGGUGAACCAAACGAUGUCGCUUCUCGACACCGUCCUCAUCAGGCUCUCCAGCAACGCGCUCAGCAUGAUGGCGUCGUACGACAACUUCGGGAACGAAACGGCGUCGUGGGGCCCGCCGAGGACAGAGAGGGAUGGCUUCUGGGAGAAGGGAUCGGGUUCCGGCUCGGGUUUGGGAUCGCAAGGCGGGUUUCCGUCGAAGUUAACGGCGGACGUGACGGUGUGCAAGGGCGGAGGAGGGUGUGAUUACGAGAAGGUGCAAGACGCCGUGAACGCAGCACCAAACGGCGUCGUUGGAGGGAAGAGAUUUGUUAUACGCGUAAAGGAAGGGGUAUACGAGGAGACGGUGAGGAUUGGGAUUGAGAAGAAGAACGUUGUGUUGUUGGGAGAUGGAAUGGGUAAAACCGUCAUUACGGGGUCCUUGAAUGUGGGCCAGCCCGGGAUUUCAACUUACAACACUGCCACUGUCGGAGUUCUUGGGGAUGGAUUCAUGGCUAAUGGUCUCACAAUCCAGAACACGGCGGGUCCUGAUGCACACCAAGCCGUCGCAUUCAGAUCGGAUAGUGAUCUCUCCAUCAUCGAGAACUGCGAAUUCAUCGGCAAUCAGGACACUCUCUACGCUCACUCCCUCCGCCAGUUCUACAAAUCAUGCCGCAUCCAAGGCAACGUCGACUUCAUUUUCGGAAACUCUGCCUCCAUCUUCCAGGACUGCGAGAUAUUAAUCCGACCCCGCCAACUCAAGCCCGAGAAAGGCGAGAAUAAUGCUGUCACGGCCCAUGGAAGGACAGACCCUGCGCAGUCGACGGGUUUUGUCUUCCAGAACUGCCUAAUCAACGGCACGGAUGAGUACAUGAAGCUGUAUCUUAGCAAGCCUCAAGUGCACAAAAACUUCUUGGGAAGACCCUGGAAAGAGUAUUCGAGAACGGUAUUCAUACAUUGUAACUUGGAAGCCCUCAUCACGCCCCAAGGGUGGAUGCCCUGGAGCCAGGAUUUCGCGUUGAAGACACUGUUUUACGGGGAAUUCGAGAACUCCGGGGCAGGGUCGGACGUGUCUCGGAGAAUGACAUGGAGUAGUCAAAUUCCUGCGGAGCAUGUCUAUGCAUAUUCAGUCGAGAGCUUCAUUCAAGGAGAUGAGUGGAUUCCGACAAAUGAACCUCCAGCCACAACAUCACAUCCACGUAAAAUGGUCCACAGACAUUAGUACAAGGUAGGGAAUAUCACAUCCCUUUUAUAAUAACAAACCAGAAACUAUGUCAAGAUUGAUCUUGCUAAGAAUGUUGAUGUACAUUCAGUUCAAGGAAAUCAUGACUAAUAGUGUCUCUACAUCUCCACCCACCAUUAUGAUGCUUAUUGUACGCAUAUAAUGGGGACUUGAAAAUUGAAAUGCCUUCGUAGAAGCGAACCAAAUUGUAACCAGUUUAGGGAGUUGGUGAAGUUCUAGAAGAAUUUGGUUGUAAAUUUUGGUCUACUAGAGGUUUAUGGGAAAUAGAAACCUUUUUUUUUCCUCUCCUUUAUGGGUGAAAUUUCAUGGGAACCAAUGAUCAUAACAUAUUUGUUUAAUUUCCUUUUUUUUUUUCA